AUGGGUACAGAUAACAAUACUGCUGAAGAUCUCCAGAAGAUCAACAACCAAACAUUAGGGACAGAUGGAAAUGCGUUUCCAGUUGUAACGCUUCCAGGCGGUCAAAAGGUCCCAACUGGCACUGUGGGAGCACUUCUCGUCAACAUCAAGUCAUACGACGCCGGCAAUGAUGAGGAGAGGAAAAACAUAGAACCGGCAAUUCGGGCCGCAAUACCCGUUCUCCAGCGAGUCGGCAUGUUUGAUCUAUUUAAGCCGCAGGAAUGGAUUCAAGGAGGUAGCCCGGGGCGGGCUCUCGUCGGAAAACUUGCCUUAGAGCAUGGAAAGGCAGAACAAUAA